CAUUAGAAUUGUCUGAACAAUACAACCCCAAGUUCUCUCAUUUUGUCUUUUUGGUUCAUCAAAUUAUCCUCGAGUGAUUGUUAUAUUCUAUCUGUGCACCACUAACGUUAUCAAUGAUUUCCUUGCAGUCGCAUAACCAGGUGUUAUACCACCUUACCCAGUUGACUUCAGCCUUCACACCGCUAACCUCGUACUCAUCACGUCUGAAGACCCAUUCAAAAUCGUCAACCCCAUCCCCCCCGGAGGUAAUCUGCCAAGAGAGCCUCCUGGAGGCUGUUAAGAACUGCACAGAGCUUCCCCUGGAGAAUCUCAACAUUAGGGCCAUCUCCGAGGCUUCGAGAUUGCUGAAAACAGAUGCCCACAGGAUUCUGAAGAGAGUCAACAGGGUACCCAGGGCUCUGGGAGAGCCCUGCAAUGGCUGGAGGAUUUCCUACGUCUCGGGCUCAUCAUUUUCAGAUAACAAACGAGGUUUGUCUUGUACUUACGAUCAAUUGCAUGGAAACGUUCUUCUGCUGGCUGUGCCCACGUCCAGGGACAUCCUAGUUCGUGGCUUUAAGACCCAUCGAAAUGUCAACGCAGAAAUAGAGAGGAAUCCUUCGCUUUUUGGGAGAUUGAGGACUUGGAUUGGACUUUCCAAAACCAGUGACGGAAAGCCAAAGGUUUCGAUUGACGGUGCAGACCUGGAGAACCUAAAGAACAUUCUGAAUGACACAGAUCUUGCCCCAGACGACAAACAACGCGUUAAGAUUGCAUUUGCCGAGGGUUAUGUUGCGGGAAAUGGCAGAAAAUCAUCGGAUCGUAAAUUCAAGUGGUUAAAAACUCUUCAACACGUGGUGCUGACAGCUGUCGGUCUUCUCAUACUCGGCGCGAUCAUGGGUACGUACAAAUCCAGCACUAACGGCAGUGUCUUCCGCAUCCAGUUGGGCUCUCACUCAGCAGUGAAUCCAGAACAAAUUUCAGUGACCUUCGCCGAUGUCAAGGGCGUUGCUGAGGCGAAACAAGAGCUCGAGGACAUUGUGGAGUUCCUGAAGAAUCCAGAAAAAUUCUCAACACUCGGUGGUCGCCUCCCCAAGGGGGUUCUUCUGGUGGGUCCCCCGGGCACAGGGAAGACUCUGUUGGCUCGUGCCGUUGCAGGUGAGGCCAGGGUGCCGUUCUUCCACGCAGCGGGAUCGGAGUUCGACGAAAUCCUCGUGGGCCAGGGGGCGCGCAGGGUCAGGGAUCUCUUCAAAGCGGCCAAGGAGCGUGCGCCCUGUGUUGUAUUCAUCGACGAGAUCGACUCCGUGGGGGGCAAGAGGACGUCCUCUGUGAUCCAUCCAUAUGCCAAUCAGACGAUCAAUCAGUUGCUGUCGGAGAUGGAUGGGUUUCAUCCGAAUGAGGGUGUCAUCGUUCUGGGGGCGACCAAUCGUAAGAAUGAUCUCGAUAAGGCCCUUCUGCGACCUGGGAGGUUUGAUGUGGAGGUUUAUGUUCACAAGCCUGAUAUCAAGGGGAGACGGGAGAUCCUUGAGCUGUAUCUGUCCAAGGUAUUGGCGAAGUCCACUGACAUUGAGUUGCUGGCUAGAGCAACCACUGGAUUCACGGGCGCCGAUAUCGAGACUAUGGUUAAUCAGGCAGCUCUGAGGGCUGCUGUGGAAGGGGCAGAAUACGUCACCAUGGAUCACCUACAGAAGGCUAUGGAGAAGGUCGUCCUGGGACCGGAGCUGAAGGGGAUGAUGCCGGAUAGCGAGGAGAAUGCUAUUACUGCUUAUCAUGAGGCUGGACAUGCUAUUGUUUCGUAUUAUACGAAGGACUCUAUGCCAUUGUCUAAAGUCACCAUAAUUCCCAGAGCAGGAUCCCUGGGGCACACGAGUUAUGUACCGGCUAAGGACGUGUUCCACAAUACUAAAAGUCAGCUGCUUGCCUCGAUGGACUCCUCGUUUGGUGGACGAGUUGCUGAGGAGCUAAUUUUUGGACCGGAAAAAAUAACAACAGGGUCGGCUGCUGAUCUCCAAAGGGCCAGUGAGAUUGCUGCCAGUAUGGUAAAGAAUUAUGGGAUGAGCGAGAAGGCUGGAUUCAGAACUCAGUAUGAAGAGAAACCAGAGUACAGCCCCAGCACCAAUGAAGUCAUCGAUGGAGAGGUAAAACGACUGCUCCAGGAAUCAUAUGACAGAGCUAAAAAUAUUCUCAAAACUCAUGCUAGAGAGCAUAAGUUACUAGCCGAAGCCCUUUUAAAAUAUGAAACCCUCGACGUUGAAGAUAUAAAAGCCGUUAUAAAUGGUAAAACACCGAAAGCAGAGCCAGCUAAUCCCGAGAAAAGACCGUCACCGAUCAUCGAUGUCCCUGGCAACGUCAUGUAACGCUAAGACUGAAGAUAACACCUGGGCUAGACAAAAACUGAUUUGGUAAAAGAUAGAAAAUUUAAUCUCCUGAAGAAAUUAACGAAUAACAAUGUCAGGAUUGUUUAUUGCUAUCGAGGGGCAUAGAGGAUGCCCUGAGGUGAGUUUAGCAACGCUGUGACAGCAUUCGUUGACAACAAAAGCUUACGAAAUUCGUUGAAGGGACGAGUUAAAAAAUUUAAUUUCAUUGUUUAGAGAAGAUCUCGAGGAGAAGUUUUCGAGAAAAAAUUCGCAAGUAUUUUAUUUAGCAAAUAUAAUUUUCGAUAAAAAUGAUUUUGACAUAUUUUUUGGUAGAAUACAUAGUUUUUGAAAUUUUUGAAUUCAUAUCCAAUUCAAUAGGAAAUUCAAUGGGAAAAAAUUGAAAAAAAACUGGAAAACUUGCGGGAGUAUUUCUGUGUGAUGAGAGUAAUGAAAAUUUUGUACAGUAUAUAAUAAAUAAAUAUUAAAAAAUAACUAUGGACAUUUACAUUGAAUGUUGAUGUUAAUUUUAGAUGAGAAUAUUUAUGUUUUCACCUUCUUCUCUUGUGAAAUAAAGGAUUUUAGUCUU